ACAGACCUUUUCAAGAUGUAUCGAAUAUCCCAACUAAUGUCAACACCAGCAGCAAGUAAAUGUUCUUCAGUGUUUGAUAAACAGCCCAGGCAAAGUCUGUCCCCUGAACACAUUUUGCCAAGUUACACUUAUGCCUUUCUGGAUAGUGACACCUCCUAUGAAUGUUGUUCCAUAAACCCCUUGACAGGCUCUGUUUUCACAUGUCGCCGUAGUCCUCGGCUUCUUACUAAUGGCUAUUACAUUUUGACGGAAGACAGUUUUCUGUCUGAUGAAGAUGGUAACGUAACACUGACCCCAUCACAGACAAGUGUUACCUAUAAGGAGAAAUUAGUUAGAAUAUUCAGGAGAAGGAAGAAAAUCCGUCGUUCUCUUGCUAGUCUGUUCAGUCUCAGUGCUUCGGAUUCAUGGCUCAACAGCACUGUCCUUAGCAAUAUGGAUUGUCCUCAUGUAGAGGAGAUUUGGAAUGAUGGAGAUAAUAAACUAGAUGCCAAUCAGCACUAUGGCAAUGAUGACUCUGAAUUUUCUUCUGAAUGCAAAACCUGGAUGUCACAAAGGCAAACGCCAGCAGCUGAUGAAUCUUCUUUUUCUAAAGAUGUGGUGUUCAUUCAGUCAAGAAAACAGUUCAGUGAUUCCUCUCCGUGCUCCCAGUUUAUGGUAGAUGGGUAUUUCCAUGAAGAGACUUUGGAUCAUUCAAACUCCAAUGCAGUGAGAAAUGUCGUUUAUCAAAUGAUUAUACUGUCCAUGUGUUUACUCAUUUCAGUGUGUGCAAGAUGCUUUCUGGGAGGACGCUUUGCCACUUUGUUGGCUUUUUUGCUGCUGAUAAUUUUAGAAAUAAUUGAAAGACUGAAUCGGUUUGCCAGCAUGUACAGAUCACUUAUCUGGAGCCAUUUUUCUUUUGCUCGUGAGAAACUAUCAGAAUUUUCAGAGCUCUUCCUCCCAAUAACACAAAAUCAUUUUAUUUGGACUGUACUUGGAUCCUUUCACAGUUUGCUAGGAAGCCAGGCUUUACACUAG